AUGAUCAAACGACUCGUGGAUUGUCCGCCUCAUCACCGCGAAAACAAAGGUCACACCGCUCAAACAGGUGUCCUUACCUCGUUUGGAGUUAAGCGCCGCCGUCCUUCUCUGCCGACUAGCCAAACACGCCUUGGCAAUCCUCGACCUGACUGCGCCACUUCACCUAUGGACGGACUCCACCGUCACGCUGGGCUGGAUCCGCGGCCACCCAUCCAGGUGGCAAACCUACGUCGCGAACCACGUCUCAGAGAUUCAGAGGACCACUCCGCAGGCUGCGUGGCAUCACGUUCCAGGCCAGGACAACCCAGCCGACUGCGCUUCCCGAGGUCUCUCCCCCAACUGCAGAGCCAUCCGCUGUGGUGGCAAGGUCCGCCUUGGCUAAGCUUAGACGCCACCGCAUGGCCGACCGCCGUCGGCCACAUCACCGAAGAGCACCUGCCGGAGAAGCGCACUCGAGUCCAUGUCAAAGCCACAGCAGCGCCGAUGAGCGAGGCCGUCGAGCUGGUGCGGUUCUCCUCCCUGAAGAGGCUCCUACGCGUGACAGCCUGGUGUCGGCGGUGGCUGAGAGUAAGGGAGAAUCGGGCCACUGGCACUCAACGGCGCUUCCCCAGUACUCUGUCCGCUGAGGAAAUAGAGAGAGCUCGAGUUUGUUGGAUCCGGCGAGUACAAUCUGAAAAAUUCAGGGCCGAGUUAAAAUUAAUAAGUCAGGGCCUUGCCCUAAAUAAAUCAAACUCACUUGCUCGCUUUAGUCCCUUUUUAGAUACCGAGGGUCUCCUGCGAGUUGGGGGUCGACUCAAGCACUCCAUCCUAGCCUAUGACGAGCGUCACCCCGUCCUCCUGCCGAAGGGCUCGCACCUCACUCGGCUAAUUGUGGACGACUGCCAUAAACGAGCGUUGCACGGCGGAACGCAGCUCACUCUCUCAUUAAUCCGCCAACAGUAUUGGAUUCCACGGGGUCGAGCACUUGUCAAGGAGGCUAUCCUACGAUGUCUUCCUUGCGUGCGAUGGCGGGCGGCGACCCCACAACAGCUGAUGAGCGAUCUUCCACGGGAGCGCGUGGUGCCAGCGAGGCCCUUCCUUCACACUGGGGUCGAUUAUGCCGGGCCGAUUCAACUUCGCACAACAAAGGGCGCGGACUCCUACAAGGCCUUCGUAGCGGUCUUCGUCUGCCUUGCUUCCAGAGCCGUACACCUCGAAGUAGUCUCCGACUACACGGCCGAGGCCUUCCUUGCAGCCCUCAGGCGGUUCGUCUCUCGCCGAGGCAUCUGUCGCAGCCUUCGAAGCGACUGCGGGACCACCGCGGGAGCUGAUUCCCAGCUGACAGCCCUCUUCACCGCGGGCACGCCAGAAAGCCACCGGAUCAUCGACAGCCUCGCCUCCGAGAGGAUCGAGUGGAAGUUCAAUCCUCCCUCGGCGCCGCACUUCGGAGGCAUUUGGGAGGCCGCAGUCAAGUCGCUCAAACACCAUCUCCGACGAGUGAUUGGCGACGCCAAGCUGACGUUCGAGGGGAUGAGUACCUUCCUCACUCAGAUAGAAGCGUGCCUUAAUUCGCGGCCGCUGCAGGCACUCUCGGACGACCCUGAGGACUUGGCUGCGCUGACGCCUGGACACUUCCUGGUGGGAGCCGCCUUGACUGCAGUGCCCGAGCCAUCCUUGCUGGAUGAACCAACGUCCCGCUUAUCCCGCUGGCAGCUCCUGCAAAAAAUGAGAGACCAUUUUUGGGAACGCUGGUCGAAGGAGUACCUCCACUUCAUUACUCACCGUCCUAAGUGGUUGCGCGAGGAGACGGGCUUCAAGGUCGGCCGACUUUGCCUUAUCCGGAACGAACUCACACCACCCACGAAAUGGCCACUCGCGCGUAUCGCGAAAAUCCACCCCGGAGAGGAUGGUCAAGUUCGCGUAGUUACAUUGCGCACCGCAGCCUCCGAGUUGGUACGACCCGUCGUGAAACUCGUCGUGCUACCCAUCAACGGUCAUGGAGAUCACGAGCCUCCAUCACAAUAG